AUGCGGAAAAACAUAGUCGCGACUGGAAUAAUAUUCCACGUGUUCCUGCUGGUGAUUGUCUUUGGAUUCUAUCAGGUUUACGUCUCUGUAGGAAAUAUACACCCAUACCGAAGUUUCCUUGCCACAUCAGGUCCUCUAGACCUGGAUGAAAACCCUGAUAUGCUCGAGAAGACCUAUGCCCAACACGCCGAGGAAAACACCGAGACCUUGACCCAGAUUAAGCUCCUCAGAGCUCAAGUUCAGAGUUUUAACGAAACAGUGCAGACGCUGUUGAGACGACUUAGUGUGCAAGAGGGUAAAGUUCAAGAGGUCAAAGUUCAAGAGGUCAAGGUUAAGCCUAUCGUAAACGUGGUGCCGUCCUUUCCCAAUGAAUCCCUCCCAAGGCCACAAAACUGCGUCCAUUUAGCCAAAGCUCCACCUGGGGUCACUAUCUGCACUCACGACGCUAAAGAGGACGUGUGGAUAUCCGGUGCUAUCCAGGGUAACAAUUUGUGGGAGGAUGAUUUAACGAUGUACAUGCUGAGCGUCUUAAAGGAGCACCCGAACAUGCAGCUUGUGGACCUCGGCGCCAACGUGGGUGAGUACACACUGAUGGCCGCGUCCCUGGGCAGGCACGUGGUGGCCGUGGACAUCCUGGACAGCAACAUCCAGCUGCUCCAGCACUCGCUCAAGCUCAGCAACUUGUCGCACCUGGUUACCGUCGUCAAGAACGCCAUCUACAGGGACCGGAGCUUGAAGCUCGGCUUUAAAACUUACUCAGGAAAUAUAGGAGGGACAGCUGUUGUGGAAAAUCCCGUUGAUGGCGACGUUGUCCAGUCAAUUUGCAUGGACGACCUGAUUCCUCUGGUCAAGUCUAAGUCUGUCUACGUCAAGAUGGACAUCGAAACAUCGGAGCACCACGCACUGGCUUGUGGGAAGGAAUUUUUUUCUUCCCUUGACGUGAAAGUCAUACAGAUGGAGUGGAGCGGGAAGACGGAGCAAGCGGCCACAGAAAUUGAAGAGUUCGCUGACAAGUUUGGCUACACGACACACGUGUUGAGGGCGGGGCAUCUCAUACGGGAGAACAUUGAAGUCAAGUUUCAUGGCGAUUAUUUCUUUAUUAAAAUUUGAUUGCUGUUAAAAAUAUUUCAAUGUACAUUUCAAUUCUCUGCUUUAAUUAAAUGUUACAUG